AUGUAUAAUUGUCGCUACCAGAGCUCCCGACACGACUCUAGCCCAGUAGAGGAGCGCGAUUCGGGCGAUUUACCGAUCAGUGAGCUCUAUAUCUCAACCACGACUCCUGAUCCAAUCGCAUCGAAUGCAUAUGGAUCCUUUACACUGUCGAGCGACCGACUUUCGGUCCCCGACUCUUCGCCACAUGGGUCUUCCCCAACCGCGCCAUCGUUUUGCUCGUCAAGGUUCCCUGGGGAUGAGGAAGCGUCAAUAAUGAUGUCACAUUCCCCCGGUACCCUCGACGCGACAGAGCUCGGUCUCCUAAGUCAUUAUCUCGCGCAUACCAGUCAAACCAUACCAUUUGACGAUCUCGAUCUCUAUGCUCUUUCCGUGGGCGUACCAAAUAUCGCAUUCAACAGCAAGCCUGUUAUGUCAUCUUUGAUAGCUUUGGCAGCAGCAUGCAAGUCACACGACAUAGUCAAACAGACUCGAAUGCCUCUUGCAGACCAGACGUUAGUAGAGGUCCGCGAGUUGCUUACUCUUGCAGAUCGUCAUCAUAGAACUUCUCUGCAACACAUUCAAGAUUCCGUGUCAAAAUCAGAUCGCUAUGACGACAUCUUAUUGAAUGCAGCUUUGAUGGUCUUAUAUGCUUCUGCGAGUCAUGCGAUUCGCGUAUGCCUUGCAGCCGCCGCGAAAAGAAGUGAGCUGUUGCUACCAAAGGAUCUACUUCCGCAACACUCGCAGUGGAUUUUAUUCACCCGAUCAGCACAUACAGUGUCUAUUGCGGUCUUGGACAACAUUUCCAAGAUCAGUAUACAUGGCGAUGGCCUGGGCCAGAUCAUACAUACACCUCCAGAGUCACCAGGAACAGUGCUAUCGCCGCAGGAUGGCCCGUCUGAAAAGACGAGGCGGCUCUUUCUUCCAUUGGUUGCAUCAACGUACAAACGAGCCUUCGAGAGUUUACGCAGAAAAACUAAAACGACCAUCGCUCUUCUUGGCGAACGACGAGAAAAUUCUAUCUUCGGCGAACUGGAGCUCGACGCGUGCCUCAAGUCUUUACCAAUACUCGACGAAUGUGCAUAUACAGCUCUCACCACUGAGAAAAGUCAUAAAAUCUCGACUGAUUUCCAACCGGAUCCAAAUUGUUCCGAUGGUUCAUCUAAAGUCUCGCCCUGGGUCGGAAGAUACAUGUCCAGCGUCACAUCAAUGCAAUCGCCAAAAGCGCUUCGGCGAAUCAUCAUGUCAUUUCUGAAUAAAGCCCCAUCGGGAUACCUAGAGCUCAUUCAGUCAGUGCUCGACUCACCAUUUGAGUCUCUGAACUUGGAAUACCCACCAACAUAUGGCUCGCCUGGAGGCGAGACACCGGUACUCAAUGAGACGCAACUGUUGGCGAUGGACAUAUUUGCCCAUUGGCUGGUCCUUGUCAUGUUACUGGAUGGCGUCUGGUGGAUUGACGGUAUUGGGCAGUGGGAACUUGGUCAGGUUGUGUCGAUGAUGAAGAAACAAGCCUCGUGUCAAUUGUCGGCGAAUACAGGGGAGACAUGGUGGCCGGAGAGCAUGCAUCUGAUUAAGCUAGAGCUUUCACCAAGUAGUUAA